AGAUAGGGCGCGGCGCGGGGUACGAUUCAUCGUGCGCAAGGCAAAGUUUCCAGAAAAAUCCAUUCCACCCUGCUCAUGUUUUUAUUAUUAGAAAAGGGGAAACCCUUUUGGUAUAAAACCGACAGUCUGGACUCACUAAUUUCCCAUUGGUGCCAACUGCACGGUUGGGGAGAGUCAGUCAGACAGCGUUCAAUUUCAAAAUAAGCUGCUGAAACUUGAAAGUGAAAGUUGUUGUAGUUUCGGAAGAAAUUUCGAAGUAGGAAUACCGACAGCGUAGCAACUGCAAGCCAGAAUAUUUCGAAGGGAAAUUGAAAAUAUCGAAGAUGAAGGCACCUGGUUCGUCGUUGCUGCUAUUCGCCUGUAUGCUGUUUGUCUCUGGUAUAGGGCCAUGUGUCGCUUUAGACUGCUACUCCUGUAUCGAUUGUGAGGACCCGUUUGACCCUACCGGCGUGACGACAAUGACAUGUCCUAGCGGAAGUGUCUGUAAUGCUCAAAGCAUGCUAAUUGGUGACACGGAGCUGUUUAUGAGAGGUUGCACCGAGGCUGACCUUUGCACACCCGGCUGCGUUACCGCCCCCGACCUUGGAACCUUUUGCGGUUACUGCUGUGACGACGGGGAUCUGUGUAACAGCAAAUCUAUUGCGGACGCAGUUGAAGACAUCCUUCACUGCUACCUGUGUGCAUACAGUUCGGAUCCCUCUGCUAGCAACUUCAGCUCCCCGGCAUGUAACGAUCCGUUCGACGCGAACGGUGCGGAGAUAUACCAAUCACCAUGCGCCGAUGGACAGUGUGGGGUCACAAAGACCAACUUCAUGGGGACUACUGUCGUCACCAGAAUGUGCUUCUCUGACUUUGACAGCAAUCCACUCGGGGAGUGUAUCCCUCGCUGUGACGCCCUGUCUAUCACUUGUCAAACCUGCUGCUCCGACAACCUGUGCAACGACGGGUGAGCUGCGACGCCCUCAACUGUUACAGGCUAUGGUAGAAAUCGGCGACCAGAGCAAUGGAAUUCAAUGGUAAUAUUUACAAAGCUAGAGAGCACAUGUAACGACAUGACCAGCAGCCACUA